AUGCACAAGCAACACGCCCUGCCGGCAGCCUACUACAGGGGCGGCACAUCGCGGGCGGUCUUCUUCAAACAAGAUGAUCUUCCCAACGACAGGAAGAUGUGGGACCCAAUUUUGCGCGGCGUAAUUGGCAGUCCAGAUCCAUACGGCCGUCAGCUCGACGGGCUCGGUGGUGGCAUCUCAAGCCUAUCGAAAGUGUGCAUCGUCGGCAAACCAACGCACCCUGACGCGGACGUUGACUAUACCUUCGUAUCGCUAGGCGUCAAAAACACAGACGUCGACUACUCCAGCAACUGUGGAAACAUGAUAAGUGCCGUCGGGCCCUAUGCAGUUGAUACAGGGUUGUUCCCCUUGUCGCAGGAGAACCUCGACUUGGCGCUUGUUCGCAUCCACAACACCAAUACCGGCAAGAUCAUUCACUCUUCAUUCCCUGUAAUCGAUGGCGAAGCUGCAUCCACCGGUGACUUCUCCAUUGAUGGGGUUGCGGGAACCGCGGCACGUAUCCAGUUGGACUUUAUCAACCCAGCCGGAUCGGUCACGGGUAAGCUAUUGCCAACGGGCCAAGCUAUUGAUACAUUCGAUGGCAUUUCUGUGACUUGCAUCGAUGCCGCAAACCCUUGCGUCUUUGUUCAGGCCUCAGAUCUUGGUGUAGACGGUAAUAUGACACCAGAUGAAAUCAAUGCCCACCCCGAUCUGCUCUCACGCUUAGAUUCUAUUCGGCGCCAGGCCGGUGUGAAAAUGGGUAUUGCAGAGACUCCUGCUGCUGUCCCGGGAAGUAUUCCCAAGAUCAGCUUAGUCUCGGCGCCUUCUGCCUCCGAUGCGAGAGAUGUCAAGAUGAAGCAGACAUCUGGUCAGGUUGAUCUUCUUGCUCGAGCUUUGUCUGUUGGGCAGCCACACAAAGCAGUUCCUAUCACUGUUGCGUUGGCUUUGGCUGCCGCUGCAAGGGUACCUGGGAGCACCGUUGCCCUUGCCCUUGCGGGUAAAGAUCCCGUUGAUGACGCGGGUAUCACCAUUGGUCAUGCUAGUGGGAAUUUGUUGGUUGGUGCCAAGUUUGAUACAGCUGGUGCACUUGCCUCGGCGACCGUUUUCCGCACAGCCCGACGACUAUUCGAAGGGCGGAUCUUUUGGAAGUAA